GGAGUAUGCGUUUCGCCUACUUGCCUGGACCCCGAUCAUUCUAGAUACAGAUACACACAAAUUUAACGUAACUAUAUACGUAGAUUACGUAGAUACAGAUAGAUAUAGAGAUUGCGAUACGCAACAACGCGAGUGUUGAAGUGCGAGUAGCCGAAACAUUGUGAAGUUGUGUUAAACAGCAUCAAACUAAACCGUCCGUUUUCCAAAAUGGGUAAGACUCCUGCUAUUGGCAUUGACCUCGGUACCACCUACUCAUGUGUCGGUGUAUGGCAACAUGGUAAAGUGGAGAUCAUUGCCAACGAUCAAGGGAACAGAACCACCCCCAGCUAUGUGGCUUUCACCGAUAGCGAGAGACUCAUCGGGGAUGCCGCCAAAAAUCAGGUUGCCAUGAAUCCUAAAAACACAGUCUUCGAUGCCAAACGUCUCAUAGGCAGAAAAUUCGAUGACCCAAAGAUCCAAGAAGACAUGACCCAUUGGUCGUUUACAGUCGUCGAUGACUGUGGAAAACCAAAGAUACAAGUCGAAUACAAAGGAGAAACCAAAAGUUUCGCACCAGAAGAAAUCAGUUCGAUGGUGCUGACCAAAAUGAGGGAAAUUGCUGAAACCUUUUUAGGAGGAAAAGUAACAGACGCUGUUGUAACCGUUCCAGCCUACUUUAACGAUUCCCAAAGGCAAGCCACUAAGGAUGCAGGAGCUAUUGCUGGUCUCAACGUUCUUAGAAUCAUAAAUGAACCAACCGCAGCUGCUCUUGCUUAUGGUUUAGAUAAAAACCUAAAAGGAGAGAAAAACGUACUAAUUUUCGACCUCGGUGGCGGUACUUUCGAUGUAUCCAUCCUAACAAUUGACGAAGGAUCUUUAUUCGAAGUUAAAUCAACUGCUGGCGAUACCCAUUUAGGUGGUGAAGACUUCGACAACCGCUUAGUGAAUUAUUUCGUCGAGGAAUUCAAAAGGAAACACAAAAAAGAUCUAAGCAAAAACACCAGAGCUUUAAGACGAUUAAGAACAGCUUGCGAACGCGCGAAAAGAACCUUAUCCUCAAGUACCGAAGCUAGUAUUGAAAUCGAUGCUUUACACGAAGGCGUAGAUUUCUAUUCGAAAAUCACCAGAGCUAGAUUCGAAGAACUCUGCAUGGAUUUAUUCAGAUCCACCCUUCAACCUGUCGAAAAGUCUCUACAGGACGCCAAAUUGGACAAAGGCACGAUACACGAUGUGGUGCUAGUAGGAGGAUCGACGCGUAUUCCGAAAAUUCAGAAGAUGUUGCAAGAUUUCUUCUGCGGUAAAGCUUUGAAUCUCAGCAUCAAUCCAGAUGAAGCUGUAGCGUAUGGAGCUGCUGUUCAAGCUGCUAUCCUUAGCGGGGAUACCAGUUCGCAAAUCCAAGAUGUGCUACUGGUUGAUGUAGCACCUUUAUCACUUGGUAUUGAAACAGCUGGAGGCGUGAUGACUAAAAUCGUCGAACGUAACAGCAGAAUUCCUUGUAAACAACAACAGACAUUCACCACGUACGCUGAUAAUCAGAACGCCGUUACUAUUCAGGUGUUCGAAGGAGAAAGAGCUAUGACUAAGGAUAACAACCUUUUGGGUACCUUCAAUUUGACUGGAAUACCACCAGCACCGCGCGGAAUUCCAAAGAUCGAAGUUACUUUCGAUUUGAACGCUGACGGUAUUCUAAAUGUGUCAGCUAGGGAUAGCAGUACCGGUAAAUCAGAGAAAAUUACUAUUACCAACGAUAAGGGUAGGUUGUCGAAGGCUGAAAUCGAUAAAAUGCUGGACGAGGCGGAGAAGUACGCUGCCGAGGACGAAAAACAGAGAGAAAGAAUCACUGCUAGGAACCAGUUGGAAGGUUAUAUCUUCAGUGCUAAACAGGCUGCCGAAGAUGCGUCUGCCGAUAAGCUAACAGCUGAUGAUAAAAAAUUGGUACAAGAUAAGUGUUCAGCCGUCCUUUCUUGGUUGGACGCUAACCAAUUGGCUGAAAAGGACGAAUACGAGCACAAAUUAAAAGAAUUACAAAAAGAAUGUUCACCCAUCAUGAUGAAAUUGCAUCAAGGAGCUCAAGGGCAAGGGCAAGGACAACAAGGGGGACAGGGACCAAAAGUCGAAGAAGUUGAUUGAUUUCGAGAAUUUAAUUAAUAUAAUUAAAAAAAGAGUUUGGACGUAACGCUUCGAUUGACUAAUUUAUGUUGUAAAAAGUACUUAAAAUAAUAUUAAUUUGUU